UCACAUACCCUAGCUCGACCGGCGAUGAACAGUGCGCUGCCCGUCCUCUCCUCCGCUCACCCUGCCGCCGGAGCUGCCAACUCGCGCCGGCUUCCCUCUCCGGCCCUCCACGCGGCCUCGACGGGAUAUGCUGACAACAACCGGGGCCUAGUCAGCCGCAGUGCUGCAAAUGCAAGCAAAGUAUGCGCCUUCCCAGGCGAGGACACGGACACCGCCGCCGUGGAGGUCCAAGGAAGCAGCAGAUGGAAACCAGCUCUGUGCGUGAUUCUUGUGGAGCUGUUCAACACAGGGACUAUACUGCUAGGCAAGGUCGCACUUGAUGGUGGCAUGUUUGUCUUCUCCUUGCUGUGUUAUCGAAGUAUGCUUGCUGCUAUUUUCAUCAUGCCGUUUGCUCUAUUCUUCGAAAGUGGGAAGUGGAGGGAAUUGGAUAUCAAGACUCUUGGGUGGCUCUUCAUCAAUGCUUUUGUCGGAUAUUCGUUGCCCAUGGCUUUGUACUACUAUGGAUUACGGGACACACCUGCCUCCUAUGCUGUGAUCUUCUCAAGUUUGACUCCACUUUUCACCUUUAUCUUGUCCAUAAUACUUGGCAUGGAGAAGUUGCGCCUAAAAUCCAAGGUCGGCAGUGCGAAAGUGAUUGGAGCACUGGUUUGUUUUGGUGGGGCUCUACUAAUAAGUCUUUACAAAGGAAAAGAAUUGCAUCUCUGGUCUCCAAUUAUAAGAGUGACACCAAAAGAUUCUAAUGGAGCUUCUGGAAAGCAUCAUUUGAGGGGCACCUUGAUUUUGUUUGGUGCUUUCAGCAGCUAUGCACUUUGGUACCCUAUACAGGUGAAAGUUUUGAAGGUGUAUCCAUGGAAACAUUGGUCCUCUGUGCUGACCUGCGUUCUGGGUGGUGUGCAAACUUUCGCCGUCGGAAUAAUUGUGAGCAGGCAUAAACUUGCCUGGCAAAUAGGAUGGAACAUUCAACUACUAACCAUUGUCUACUCAGCCGCACUUGGCACAGCAGCCAAGUAUUGGCUGAACCUAUAUGCUGUUGAAAAGCGGGGGCCAGUUUUUCCAGCCAUGUUCAGCACCUUAUCGACGAUCUUCAUCAUUGUUUUAGGAACACUGUUGCUAGGCGAAAGCCUCACUGUUGGGAGCUUGUUGGGUAGUGCUUUAGUUUUAGGAGGUCUAUACAUAUACCUCUAUGGAAAGGCCAAUGAACAACACGCGAUGAAGGCAUCGGUUACAGGGAUGCAAAAAGAGGAGGACAAAGAGAUUCAGCAGUCCGGUGUGGCCGCGACGACUGAGGAGAGGCCACACCCUGUGCUGUUAGAGAGCUCCGUUAUCCAGCUGGAUGAGGAGCUGGACGCAGGGGUCUCCAAGUGAAGUGGCUGUAAUCAUGGUAGCUACCAAUUGUUUUUUUUUUUUGUCUUGAUCUAUCUGGGUCUAAGAUUCUAAAAUACAUUCGCCCAUACAUCAGUACUAGAUAGGGGUGCGGCUUGCCACGCAUUGCCCAGCCAACGGUAAGCCAUCGGAUAUGAUAAUUGGUUCAAUAUAUAGUUGAAUUAGAUAUUUUAUUAUUGUGUUGGGAGCUGUCUUGAGGACAUAGUUAGAAAUCAUGUCGGUAGUUGCUGAAUGAAAAAUAGAGCUUGCACAUAAAGUGUAUCUUGAUGCAUAGAUAAAACAUGUUUUCAAAUAUAGACUGGAUGGCACAGUGAUAGUAUCUUUUAACAUCCAAGCCAUAUGGACCACAGCAGAACAACACGGAAGGGACCAUACACAUGCAAUGGACGUAGAUUAUAUGUUCUAAUGCACCGGGUGACAUAGUAAGGGAACAAGAGUACAUAACAUGAUAGUCCACACACCACACACCACUAAAGCGACACUGUCCUCGAAUAUCAUCUAUG